AUGUGCCUGUUUGUUCCUUGUCAUCUCAUGUUUGUGUUUUCAUUUACAGCCAAGUUGUUAUCUGAUGAUGUGCCAGACAGGAAGCUGACGACAGACGAGGAGGAAGCCAAGCGCAUCGCUGAGAUGGGGAAGCCGGUUCUGGGGGAGCAUUCAAAGAUGGAAGUCAUUAUUGAAGAAUCCUAUGAGUUUAAGAGCACAGUGGACAAGCUGAUUAAGAAGACCAACCUCGCUUUAGUGGUGGGAACCAACUCAUGGAGAGACCAGUUCAUGGAGGCCAUAACUGUCAGUGCAGAUGAAGACGAGGACGAGACGGGCGAGGAACGGCUGCCAUCUUGUUUCGAUUAUGUCAUGCACUUCCUGACGGUGUUCUGGAAGGUUCUGUUCGCCUGUGUGCCCCCCACAGAGUAUUGGCACGGUUGGGCCUGCUUCAUUGUCUCCAUCAUGAUCAUUGGGGUCCUCACGGCCGUCAUCGGAGACCUGGCCUCUCACUUCGGCUGCACCAUCGGCCUGAAGGACUCUGUCACCGCCGUGGUCUUCGUGGCUCUGGGGACAUCUGUACCAGACACAUUUGCCAGUAAAGUCGCUGCAGUCCAGGACACUUAUGCGGACGCUUCCAUCGGUAACGUCACCGGGAGCAAUGCAGUGAACGUGUUCCUGGGCAUCGGCAUGGCCUGGUCGGUCGCUGCCAUCUACUGGAAGAUCAAAGGAGAGCCCUUCAUCGUACACGCGGGCUCGCUGGCCUUCUCCGUCACCCUGUUUACGGUCUUAGCCUUCUUGGCCAUCUCGGUGCUGCUCUACCGGCGCAGACCGCACAUCGGAGGGGAGCUCGGCGGGCCCUGGGGCCACAGACUUCUCACUUCGUUGUUUUUCUUUAGCUUGUGGUUUAUUUACAUCCUGUUUUCCAGUCUGGAGGCCUACUGUCAUAUAGAGGGCUUUUAA